GACGUCACUGCGCCUCGCUCCACCCCCGGCCGGCGGCGGGAAUGCCUCGGGGGUCUGUCGCAGCGUCGCGCCCGCUUCUCCGUCUGAGGAGGCUGAGGCGUGUGGCGCCAUGGCUGGCGCCUUGCCGGCGGUCACGCUGCCGUCUGUGGUGGCGGAGCUUCUGAGCGAGAUGGCCGCGGCGGUGCGGGAGGGGGCGCGAAUUCCUGAUGAGCAUCUGUUAUCGCUGAAGUUUGUCUUUGGCUCAUCAGCCAUCCAAGCCUUGGACCUAGUUGAUCGGCAGUCCAUCACCUUAAUCUCAUCACCCAGCGGGAGGCGUGUUUACCAGGUACUUGGAAGUUCUGGUAAAACAUACACAUGUUUGGCUUCUUGUCAUUACUGUUCAUGUCCUGCAUUUGCCUUCUCAGUGCUACGGAAGAGUGACAGCCUACUGUGCAAGCAUCUCUUGGCAGUUUAUCUUAGUCAGGUUAUGAGGACCUGUCAGCAGCUGAGUGUCUCUGACAAGCAAUUGACUGACAUAUUAUUGACAGAGAAAAAAGAAGAAGCAUAAAAGGACACAGCGAGGCCCACAGGAGAAGCGUGACCACCAAAGACAGAAGCACUUUUAGCACUGGAGCUCCAGCUUGAUAAUGGCACAACAGUCGGUAUCCAUGAGAGCCAUGCCUGCACCCUUGCACAGGGUGGAAGACUGCAAUGCUGUAGAAAGCAGACAACUGUCCCUGCACUGAGCAGGAUCGUGGAAGGGAUGACCCCUGGGGUCUCUGGCAUCUCAGGAAGGCUCUGGUAACCUCCUGCCGUGUCCUCUCAUCUCCCACUUCCAGCUGUGCCUCUGUCCAUUCCCUGAACACCUGUCUCUCUCCCUGGCCUCAGCCUUUGCUUGUGGACUCCAUGCCUUGCUCCCUGUGCACCAGUGGCUCUCAAAACAUCGUGUGUGUGUGUCCCCAAAACAUUCCUGAAAGGAAGGGACCAUGUCCUUUCCUACAUCUGCCCCAUGCCAGUCACUCACUACUCUGCUGUGGAGGGCGUCGAGCACAGCAGUAAGGUCAAGGAAGCCGGACAUCUGCCCCAAGUGUAGGAGAAGUAAACGAAAGGCAAUGUAGAAAUGAAUAAAGAAAAUGUAGGCAGCUUUAUUACUGUAAACAAGCAGGAACAAUUCCAGCCCACACAAAAGGAGUGUUCUGGGAAAGUCCACACUCUGGGAAGUGGCUUUGCCCUGUUCCUGUGCACAGAGCUGGUGUGUGAUUCACCCAUUCUCCAUAUAAGGGACUCAUUAGCUAAGGAGGUUAAUAGAAUAAGUCACAUGGAGGGAAUCGACAAAAGGGAACAGUGUGGACACUGAGGUUACGUAAUGAAAGAGGGAAUCGCCAAGUGCUGCAUAACAAGUGCUGGCCUAUUUCUGGGGCAGGGUUUCCUCCUCCUCUGGCUCUGCAGCCCUUGGCUCAGUCCAGGCUGCCUUCUCAGCCUUAGAAAUCAGAAUUCCCAGCUUUCAAGGUGCUCUCAGUUCAGCAGAUCCCCAAGGGCAGCUGCUUCCUGGGCAGUGACAUUGAGCCUGGCCAAGCCAGCCAGUGGCUGGAUAAAGUGAGCUCUGGCAUCAGAAUAAUGGGAGUAAUAGUGGCUGCAGAACCCCCCUCCAUACUGUUGCUGGGGCUUUUAACACAGAUACAAUGUUUACAAAGCACUUCAUAAAUGCCAGUUAUGAAGUAAGUGCACAUGGAGUGCUGUCACUGCUUCUUAAAAUUGUUUAUUGCUUGUUUAGGGACAUUUUUCGUUAUAUUCUGUCGAGCUCACAAGUUUCAUUCCUGUGUAAUACAAACAUUUCUGCUUGGACCACCCAGACAGCAGUUCAGCAAGGCUAGAGGCUGCCACAGUGAAUAUUAAAAAUGCACCAAGAAAGUCUAGUGGAAAUCCUGGCAAAACUUUAUUUAGAGCAAGGCUGAUAGGUGCUAAGACAAUGCAGAUGAAAAAGGAGUUCUGAGCCAGGGGGCUGUCAUUAAGUUGGGCACAGAGGGCAGCGUGGCCUGCCACAGCCAAAACCAGCAGGCUGGUAUGCGGCUUUCUGAGGAAGGAGGCCCAGGUAUGGGCACUGGUUUUUUUCUUUUUCUCCUUGUUCCUGGGGACCCAAAGGGGCUCCUGCUGCACAGCAGUCAAACUGUGGCUUUUUUCCUUUCCUGCUGAAGACUGUAAUGCUACUCCCACUAUUCCAGCUCCUUUUGCUUGAGCAAAGUCAUAGAUGAACCAAAGCAGUGUCUGUAUUGUAGCAAGAUCUUUCCCCUAUUUAUCUAUCACAUGUAGUUCACAUUACAGAAAUUUGCAUGGAAGCAGACCGGGUUGUACUGAAGUACACCACUGUGCUCCCAUGGUACCCCAUGAUCCCCACAGCACCUCUCCCACCUGCCUCCCACAUAACCACAUUUUCUGUCUCCUUCCACUCAACCACACACUCCUUAGUGGCAGAGGCUGUCCUGUUCACUGUUGUAUCAAAAACACUGGGCCUAGCAAGCAAAUGCUAAAUAAAAGCCUGAAUUUAUAAGAAGGGAA